AUGUCGUUUACCUUAUCUCAAUCUUCUGCUAGAUUUACUUUCCGUGUUUGCAAGGUCUGUCGGGCGAGGGCGGCCGCGAAGACCAGUGAGAAAUGGCGAGGGAAUACCCUUAAUGAAGUGAGUCCAUGGGAAGAAGGAGCCGCCGGCGCGCAACCGCCUCCGCCGGUGGCGGCGGACGGCUCGGUGCGCCGCGAAUGGCGCGGCGCGGCCCGAGCGGGGGCGAACCUGGCGUCGGUCCAUAACGAACGCGAACAGUCCGGAGUGGAAAAUGGGAUCCUGAAGCCAUCAAGCUUAAGCCAAUUAUUGAUUUCUCCUCCUCUCAAAUCGAAGAAAUUCUAUUUUGGUGAGGAGCGGGCCUCCGACUGCGCCUUCUCCGUGUCUCCUCGCUUACCCAUCUCACUCUCCUGCGCUGCCGACCUAAAGGCCUCCUCGCACCUUAAAUCUCUCUCGAGCAAUCAUUCGACCCUCAACGACCCCCGUUCCCUCUCCCUCCGCCUCCUCGCGGCUCCACAUGUCAUAAACUUCUCGCUACGCACCCCUGAAUCUCCACGCCGACAUAUCCCGACCGCCAUCUACCUGCUCCCCCCACCUCCGCCGCUUUCGGCUCCGCGCGCUAACCUCUACUACGCACUCCCCUCAUCCCCCCCCCCAUCGUCUCCGCCCCUCACCUUCUCCCUCUUCAUCCCUGGCUCGAAUUCAAUCACCACGAUCAACUCUAUACACUCCGGCCUCUCUCGCCUCUCCCCCUCCCACUCGCUCAACUCCGACCGCUCUUCUCUCACGCUCCCCUCCCGCUCAUCUCUACCCACCCCCGCGCGCAGCGGAGCUCUCCUCACUACAACAGACUUUCUCGGGUCUCGCUCGCUCCCCCCCCCCAUGUCCGACUAUCCCCGCCGAGCCCCGUCCCCCCCCCCCCCGCCGUACCACGCGAUGACACUCUCACGCUCCCGACCUUGCCGCCGCCCCCUCACCCCCCCGCCGCCACCGCCGAGCCCCUCCCUCCCCGCCCCCGCGUCCUCCCCGCUCGCAUCCCCCCCCGCCCCCGCCGCCGCCUCGCACGCGCGACGCGCCACGCACCCCGGUCGUCCCGCGCCCCACGCGCCCCCCCGCACCCCCCCCGCUCCCCCCUCCCCCCACCCCCGUGGACCCGCCCUGGCAACAACAACACCCCACCGAAACCAACGAGAACGCACCGACGCAGCUACGCUGCCCUCACCUUUCUCUUCGCCGCCCGGCAGUAAAGCUGUAGAGGAGAGAGCUGACGAGAAGGGACGGCGGUCGGGCGCGGUUCGAGGGUGCGGGUGGCGCUCCGCGGAUAGGGGAGAUAGAGCGGUUCGCAGCGUGAGGGGAACGACGUCCGAUUUCGAUGAAGGGGGGAGAGUAGAAUGCUAUUAUUAUCACUGA